AUCGAAUGGUGACGAACCAGAGAAGAGGGUGGCAGAGAAUCAAACGUCACUUAAGAAACAGAUUUCUUCCAUCCAGUCACUCGCCAGUCUGUGUCUAAAAAAGCGAUUGAUAGGUCUGGUUUCAAGCCUGGGUUGACCAGCUUGCUCCAUGUCAAUCAUUCCAAGACAUGGCACACUCAGAUCAUCAGAAAAAUGAUGGCUGGUUCGACUGGGCAUACAAAGGCGUAGACCCAUCCUUUCCAGGCAACGGUGGGCUUGAGUGUCGUGAUUUUCUAAGCAUCUCUCAACGCUGCUGGGAGAGUGUGGGGGCUUCCAUUGUUGCAGUACUUGCACUCCUCUAUGCCUACCCGCGCCUGCGUCUUCCCAGACCAUGCCCCUGUGGCUAUCGGAAGAAUUCAGAGCCACUGGGCAAAAGGCUUCUCCUGCUCCUGAUGUGUUUGACGUUUGGAAUUGAACUAGGAUUCAAGCUAGCUACACGCCAGAUGAUCUGGAUAGGGAACCCUUGCCACCUUGCUACCAUGAUACAGAUAUUUAUCUUAGCUGCCCCUCCUAGCAGGAUUGUGACGGCAGCUUUUAGACUACACAUGCAUAUGUUGACUGGUGCACCAAUAGCCAUCCUUUUUCCUGUGAUCAACACUAGGCUGCUUCCAUUUGAGACUGUCGUUUAUUUUAUCCAACAUUUUCUCAUGCUGAUUAUACCCUUCUACUUGCUAAGACAUGGAGAUCCAUUUAUCCCAGAGAGGCUGACAGAUUUUACUUGGUCUAUGGUAGCUUUUGGCUUUCUAUUUAUCUAUCACUUCCUGCCUCUCCAGCUUUUAGCAUAUGUCUCCCAGGUCAACCUGAACAACAUGCUGUGUCCAGCAGUCUCUGACCCCUUCCAUGGUAAAUUUUAUCGGAUAUUUGCAAUCUGCCACCAGUUUCUACUUAUCCCCACAUUAGGUAAGCUCUUCGUCGUCCUGGCCAGAGCCUUCAACAUCCUACCUUCAGACAACCCGCCCGACGACACCGGGAUCUGUGAGGCUUUCUGCUGCACCUCGGGCUGUUCCUGCUACACCUCACGCUGUUCCUGCUACUCCAACUAUUGCUGUUCUUCCAACGUCAGCACGGAGGAGACAAACCUGGACACAGGGGACAGCACCGAGGACAGCGGCUUCGCAGGCACCCACAGCACUGCCAGGCGGCGCAGCGGGGCACGGGUGUCCACCUGUAGCUUCCCUCGCAAGAAUUCCUAUUCCUGCAAGUGUUCUGGCAGCUUCCCUCGCAAGAAUUCCUAUUCCUGCAAAUGUUCUGGCAGCUGCUGCCCUGGCUAUGAUGAUGACUGUCGGCUCUAUAACUACAGCAGCAACAGCCAAUGUGAGGAUAGCCCUGGCUCCGUCAUGCACAUCGUUAAUGGGAAGAUUGUUGAUGAACCACCCAGAAAAGAACCAUCUAGAAAAGACUCAACUAGAAAAGACCCAUCUAGAAAAGACAGCUCCUCCACCAGGAAAAGGGCAGUUGAGAAAGAAAGUGCAGACAACACAGAGCCCCAGAAGUUAAGUUUAAGUAGUGAUAGAUAAGCUAUUGAUGGUAGAGACGUAGGGUAAAGAAUGAGAUGUAGGGCACUAAAAUUUGAUCUAUAGGAGAACUACACCAUCUGUCUGAGUGUCACUCAAUAUUACCUGGUGCAGUUUAAAAUGUUUUUACAUGCCAUGUCAUUUUUUUAACACACUAGCUCUUCCCAACACAUGCGGCUGUCACAUUCCUAGUGCAAUGUUUGCAUUCAGUGGUCGUAAUAAUUAAUGUACUUGGUUAUUGAUACUGGCAGGUGUUUUACAGUAGUCUAAUUGAAAUAUAAUUUGCCUAUCACACCUUUAAUAGCACCACAGCACACAUCACACCUGUCUAAUUAAUUGAUACUAAGCAAUGCAACUGGUAUUCCCAACAUAUUUCUAGAUUAGCUUCAACUUUUCUCAUUCACAAAACAAUUUUGACUCUGCUACUUGUUGAAACAUUCCUUCAUACUUAAAUAUGGCUCCUGUCUAUCUGAGGUUAGUUGUAAAUUAAAUUCUUGUAUGUGAACAUUAUUAUGACUAAAAUCCAUUGCACUUAAAUAUUCUUUGAUUUGAUUACUUAUUUUAAAAGGGAGGAAUGGCUGUUGGACACUUGCAUUGAUCCAAAAUUAGCUUUUUUUUAAAUUUAUUAUUUCACAAAAUGUCUCAAACAUUGAUUAACACUUAUGCUUUAAAAAAUUUUGUUUUUAUAUUAAGGCAAGAGUAAGCACCAUUUUAAAAAAAGAUAUUGUCACAUUGCUACCACUUUUCACUCAGUGUAGAAGUGUAAUUAAAGCAAUGGUUUAAAAACGAUUUAGAAAUAUUUUUUACACCCAGGCAAUGUGGCUGCUCAAACACACAUGUUGAUACAGUAAGGGUUUAGAUGCUCACAUUGUCUACAGAUUAACAUUUCACUACGGCCUCCCAGCUCCAGCAAGACCCCAGUUGCUUUAUCUAGUCACACCAAAGUAUCUGCUGAUGACAAGCAGCAAUCAGGUGUAAUUCUAGAAAGAUAAAAACAUUGUAACUUAUUGUACAGUUGAAUCAUGACAUGAAUUCUUUAGCUCAAUUGAUCAGUUGGUCUGUUGAUUUGCUGUCUCUUGGAUCAUUUUUCUGGUAUCUAUGGACAGUAAUUUGUUGAUCAACAAACUUAUAAAAUGUUGCUCAGUUCAGAGAAAAAAUUACAUCACAUUCUUAACUUACACAUAAAAUCUAUAGCAGAAAAUGUUCUUUGAUAUGCACUAAAUAUAUACAAUCAUUUACACUCAACUUUUUAAAUUAAAUUUUAGAGACUGUAAACAUCAAACAAAAAAAAGUUUUGUCAAUAUUUCUACUCCAGAGAAAAUGCCAUGUUUGAAAUGUAAAGUCUCCAAAAUGAAUAAACCUAAUGUUGCUUCA